AUGUCAUCAUCUUCACAGCUUGUAUUUAGAUCUGACAUAGAGAGUCUGCCACCAGCAGAAGUGUCAGGGGGUCCUGGAUUGCCAUCUGAAUUUGGUAGAAUAGGGGAAUUGACAAUAGAAGCUCGUAAGGAUCCAAAUGAUAUACGUAAGUGGGAAUCGUUAUUCAACGAAUUGGAAAGAGUUCAUGCAGAACAGAGUGCUACAGUUGCCAAGAAGUCUACAAUGGAGCUUUUGAAUCAAUUAACUAUCAAAGGAUAUGAUGCUUUAUUGUCCAGAUUCCCUAAUUUAUCUGAAUAUUGGAAAAAAUGGCUGAUUUUUGAAUAUAAAUUAAGAGGAAAUAAAUCAUCAAUAGAAAUAUUAGAAACGGCAGUAGAGAAAGUGCCAUAUUCAAUCGAGCUUUGGCAAGAUUACUUGAAUGCUUUAGUGUUAACGUAUGAAAAGAAUGACGACGAGCAAAAGAGAUUCAUCAGAUAUAGAUAUGAAAAGGCAUUGAGAUUGAAUGGAUACAAUUUUAAUUCUCAUCCACUUUGGGAUAGGAUCUUAGAGUUUGAAAAUUCAAUUGAAGAAGCAUCUGAAGUUUCUUUAAAGUUGUACCUCAAACUUGUUAGAUAUCCAUUAUAUGAAUAUGCUCGUUAUUAUAAGCAAUUCACCAAUAUUUAUAAGAAAUUUAAGAUCAAGGAUUUGAUUCCUGAGAAAGAUUUGAAUCACUAUGUAUCUCAAUAUAAUCAAAAGUCAUACGAAACCCUUUCUAUUAUCGAAAAGCUGCAGAUCAUUGAUGAUUAUUUUCAGAAAAUACAUAAUAACACUCAACAAGAAGUAAGUUCGAAAUGGCAAUUUGAAUCUACACUCACAUUCCAUGAAUUUUCAUUGACUUACAUGGGAGAGAUUAAUGCUGCUGUCGAUAAUUGGGUGAAUUACCUAAACUAUGAAAUUAAAGCGUUUGAUUUCAGCUCUAAGGAUGGCUAUGAACAUGUGGUCAGUCUCUUUGAAAGAGCUUUGAUACCGAAUUGUCUCGAUGGAAAGAUUUGGUUGAAAUAUGUUGCAUUCUUAAACAAAAUAAAACUAGCUGAGGCAGAAAAGUUUGGCUUAAUAAAAGAAGUUUAUAACAGAUCUAUAAAUAACUUUGUUCCUUUGACGGAGAAUGAUUUAAGAUCAUUUUAUGUUAAGUUUCUUUUGAAAAGUGACAAGGUUGAAGUAGCAAAUGAGUAUCUUUUCGAUUUGAUAAAACUCUUUAGUGGAACCAAGAACACAAAAGUUUAUUUGAAAAGUCAGUACAUCGUUUCAAUUAGAGACUUACUUAACAUAUGGAGCAAGGCUUUAGAUCAACUGGAAUACUUUAACACAUUGGAAAAGUUAGUUAAUAAUUAUUUUACAGAACAGGAGUCAAAGUCAAGAAAAGUCCAUAAUGAGUCAACAGAUGUAUAUAUUCCAUUAAAGAAAGGUAGAAUAGAUAAGGUAUACUUAAACACGCUUCCAAAUUUAUUAAAUGAUGAUUCAAUUCCUGUUGUUUCAGUGCUAUACCUUCAAGAAUUAUUGAAAAGGAAAAAUUUCCUUGGUAUUAGGAGAUUCUUUAAUAAACAUCACACAGAAGAAGUUUAUAAAAGUUCAAUUUCAUUCUGGAAAUUUUAUGUUGAAUUUGAAGGAUUUAUAAAUUUCAAUAUCACCAACUUAAAUGCAGUCAUGAAACAUGUUAAAACUGAGACUCAACUUCCUAAGAAUGCAGUAGAUGCUUUGAUAGAUAUACAUUAUGAUAUAGUAAAUGCUAAUCUUGUUGAUUUAUAUGAUACCCAUGAUACACUGUUACUAAUACAGAAAGACUUGGAAACAUCGGAUUCUCCUGUUCAAAAUUCCUCCCUUCAUACUAGAUUGGCCAAUAACAACUACAUAAUAAGAGAGGUAGAAGAAGGCAAAGGUUCAAGAGGUAAGAACUCCGCUUCAACUUCAAAUAGAGAAGAUUUAAUCUUGAAAUCAUUCAAGAGUCAAAAUGGGCAUCCAGGAAUAAUAAUAGAAGCAAGACCCGAGAUUACUAACAGAAUAAUGAAUCCAGGAAAUUGGAUAUCAUUAGUGAAACCUGAUGUACCUCCUUUCCCAGUAUUCAAAAAUGUAGAGAAAGCUAACAUGCCAGUUAAUUAUCCUACUAUAUAA